AUGCUGACGAACCUCCUACACGCGCGAGCGGCCGCAACCCGGACCACGGGCGUGUUCCGCUUUUCUCGCUGGUCCAGCACAGCCGCCAAGCCGCGCGUGCUGAUGCUUGACCCGAUCAACCUGGCCAAAGCUGAGCUUGCGACGCUAGAGAAGGAGGCCACUUUGAUUCCUCUCAAAAGCUCUGACCGCGCUUCGUUCAUCAACGAUCUGAAGGGCGAUUACAAUGGCAUCACCGGCAUUUACCGUCAUUUCAAGGGCACGGGCUCGAUCAAUGUCACUGGGCGCUUCGACGAUGAGCUUGUUGCUGCUCUACCGUCUACACUCCGCUUCAUUACCUCAAACGGAGCUGGUUAUGACCAAAUUUCUGUGGAACCUUGUUCCGCCCGGGGCAUUCAAGUGUCCAACGUUCCGUCCGUCACCGACAACCCAACCGCGGACACCGCCACCUUCCUGCUCCUGUCGGUGUUGCGCCAGUUCCCCACCGCUCUCACGGAGGCUCGGGCAGGGUCGUUCCACAAGAACCUACCCCUCUCCAACGACCCCCACGGCAAGGUUCUCGGCAUACUCGGCAUGGGAGGAAUUGGUCGGGCGUUCGCGAAGCGUGCCAAGGCCCUCGGAAUGACCAUCCAGUACCAUAACCGUAACAGGUUGCCGGAGGAUCUCGAGCAGGGCGCCAAGUAUGUCUCCCGCGACGAGCUGCUUUCCACCUCGGAUGUGGUCUCCCUAAACCUUCCCCUCAACGCACACACAAAGCACACGAUCUCCGCUCCCGAGCUGAAGGCAAUGAAGAAGUCGGCAAUCCUCAUCAACACCGCUCGCGGAGCCGUUGUGGAUGAGCCGGCCCUCAUUGCAGCUCUUGAAUCGGGCGAGAUUGCUGGCGCGGGCUUAGAUGUCUACGAGAACGAGCCAACGAUUCCUAAGCAGCUGCUGCAGCACCCGAAGGCUGUCUGCCUUCCGCACAUCGGCACCCUCUCGUACGAAACCCAAAAGGAGAUGGAGGCAUUCUGCAUCCGCAACCUGAGGGCAGGGCUCUCGACAGGCGACCUUGCCAACGUCGUGCCAGAGCAGAAGGGCAUGUGGUAA